UGGGCAGGACCACAGGACACCACUCUUGGGGGCUCCUGGAAAGUUGAGGAAUUUCAAGGACGGAAGGAGGCUGGCCCCUGUUAUAUUCUUAUGGAUGUUUCUGGCUGGGAGGCUUGAAGGAGGAGGGACGCAAGCUCUCUGUGCUGCUGACACUUGGAGUCCCCAUGGCCUUGCUGAGCCGAGCCCUGCGUGUGGCUGGCGCACGCCCUUGCUGGAGCCCUGCCCAGGGCUUGGGGCCGCGCCCCCUGACCAGCAGGGCUGGCUCCACCACUGAGAAGAGCGUGCCGUACCAGCGGACCCUGAAGGGGGCACAGGGCUCCUCGGAGGCGGCCCGAGGCCCAAGCCGGCCCUUGCCCAGCACAGCCAACGUCGUGGUCAUCGGCGGGGGCAGCUUGGGGUGCCAGACCCUGUACCACCUGGCCAAGCUGGGCGUGAGCGGGGCCGUGCUGCUGGAGCGGGAGCGUCUGACCUCGGGGACCACCUGGCACACGGCAGGCCUGCUGUGGCAGCUGAGGCCCAGCGACGUGGAGGUGGAGCUGCUGGCCCACACGAGGCGCGUGGUCAGCCAUGACCUGGAGGAGGAGACGGGGCUGCACACGGGCUGGAUACAGAACGGGGGCCUGUUUAUCGCGUCCAACCGGCAGCGUCUGGACGAGUACAAGAGGCUCAUGUCGCUGGGCAAGGCCUAUGGCGUGGAGUCCCACGUGCUGAGCCCGGCAGAGACCAAGGCACUGUAUCCGCUGAUGAACGUGGACGACCUCUACGGGACCCUGUAUGUGCCACAUGAUGGUACCAUGGACCCCGCCGGCACCUGCACCACCCUCACCAGGGCCGCCACCGCCCGCGGAGCACAGGUCAUUGAGAACUGCCCAGUGACGGGCAUCCGUGUGCGGACAGAUGACUUUGGGGUGCGGCGGGUCGCAGCUGUGGAGACAGAGCAUGGCUCCAUCCAGACACCCUGCGUGGUCAACUGUGCAGGAGUGUGGGCGGGCACUGUGGGCCGGAUGGCUGGAGUCAAGGUCCCGCUGGUGGCCAUGCACCAUGCCUACGUCGUCACCGAGCGCAUCGAGGGGAUCCAGAAUAUGCCCAACGUCCGCGAUCAUGACGCCUCGGUCUACCUCCGCCUCCAAGGGGACGCCUUGUCUGUGGGUGGCUACGAGGCCAACCCCAUCUUCUGGGAGGAGGUGUCCGACAAGUUUGCUUUCGGUCUUUUCGACCUGGACUGGGAUGUGUUCACCCAGCACAUUGAAGGUGCCAUCAACCGGGUCCCCGUGCUGGAGAAGACGGGGGUCAAGUCCACGGUGUGCGGCCCAGAGUCCUUCACACCUGACCACAAGCCCCUGAUGGGGGAGGCACCCGAACUCCGGGGAUUCUUUCUGGGCUGCGGCUUCAACAGUGCAGGAAUGAUGCUGGGUGGUGGCUGUGGGCAGGAGCUGGCCCACUGGAUCGUCCAAGGGCGCCCGGAGAAGGACAUGUACGGCUACGACAUCAGGCGCUUCCAUCACUCGCUCACGGACCACCACCGCUGGGUUCGUGAACGCAGCCAUGAGUCCUACGCCAAGAACUACUCCGUGGUCUUUCCCCACGACGAGCCCCUGGCAGGCCGCAACGUGAGGACAGACCCCCUGCAUGAGGAGCUCCUUGCACGAGGCUGCGUGUUCCAGGAGCGGCACGGCUGGGAGCGGCCAGGGUGGUUUAACCCCGGAGGCGCAGCUCCGGUUCUCCAUUACGACUACUACGGGGCUUACGGGAACCAGGCGCAUGAGGACUAUGCCUACAGCGGGCUGCUGACGGACGAGUACACCUUUGACUUCCCACCCCACCAUGACGUGAUCAAGCAGGAGUGCCUGGCCUGCAGAGGGGCCGCUGCCGUGUUCGACAUGUCUUACUUUGGCAAGUUCUACCUGGUGGGCUUGGACGCAAGGAAGGCCGCCGACUGGCUGUUCUCCGCAGAUGUCAGCCGACCCCCAGGUUCAACGGUGUACACCUGUAUGCUGAACCACCGCGGAGGCACCGAAAGCGACCUGACCGUCAGCCGCCUGACCCCCAACUCGCAGGCCUCCCCGCUGACCCCUGCCUUUGAAGGGGACGGCUACUACCUGGCUGUGGGCGGGGCUGUGGCCCAGCACAACUGGUCCCACAUCACCACCGUGCUGCAGGACCACAAGUUCCAGUGCCAGCUCAUCGACAGCUCGGAAGACCUGGGCAUGAUCAGUAUCCAGGGCCCAGCCAGCCGGGCCAUUCUCCAGGAGGUGCUGGAUGCAGACCUGAGCAAUGAGGCCUUCCCUUUCUCUACCCACAAGGUGGUGAGCGCCGCUGGGCACCUGGUCCGGGCCAUGAGGCUGUCCUUCGUCGGGGAGCUGGGCUGGGAGCUGCACAUCCCGAAGCUGUCCUGUGUGCCCGUGUACCAGGCCGUGAUGACAGCAGGGGCCAAGCACGGCCUCGUCAACGCGGGUUACCGGGCCAUCGACUCCCUGAGCAUUGAGAAAGGCUACCGGCACUGGCACGCAGACCUGCGGUCAGACGACAGCCCCCUGGAGGCAGGCCUGGCCUUCACUUGCAAGCUCAAGUCCACCACCCCCUUCCUGGGGCGCGAGGCCCUGGAGAAGCAGCGGGCCGCAGGCCUCCAACGGCGCCUGGUGUGCUUCACUGUGGACGAGAAAGUGCCCAUGUUUGGGCUGGAGGCCAUCUGGAGGAACGGCCAAGUGGUGGGCCACAUCCGCAGGGCUGACUUUGGGUUCACCAUCGACAAGACCCUCGCCUACGGCUACAUCCGGGACCCCAGCGGCGGGCCGGUCUCCCUGGACUUCGUGAAGAGUGGGGACUACGCCCUGGAGAGGAUGGGGGUGACCUACCCUGCUCGGGUUCAUCUGAAAUCUCCUUUUGACCCUGACAACAAGAGGGUGAAGGGAAUCUAUUGAUGGGGCCCAUGGGCAGGGCCUCAGCCGCACAGGAAGCCAGCAACCCGCCCCAUCCCACACCAUUGUCCCACGGGGCCCACACUGCCCUGGGCCCCAGGACCUGGUCCCCAGCCAGAACUUGGAUCCGCCUGUCCUCAGUCCAGGCCUGCUAACCCCCGAUACAGAUAUAGACAGAGAGCGUGGGAAGAGGACCCAGAGGGCCUGUCCUGUGGCCACUGACCAAAGGGUGGUCUCUAGUCCACGCCCCCUCCCCCCCCCAAAGACAGACCUGUAACAUCUUGGGCUCAGGGACCACAACAAGCUUCUUACAAAGUGUCACGUAAACAUCAAUAGGCCCAACGUAAAAGCAGGGCGGGAAAGAGCCUUCACCCGCUGUUCUGAGCUGCGAGGUGCCUCCAGAACCAGGGGCAGAGCGGGACUGGCUAGCAAUGCCUGCCUUGGGCACAGUGUUACAGGCAUAGAACACAUGUGCCGACUGGCACCAUCCCUGUCAGCAAGGCCAUCCGGCAGGAUGGUCUCUUUCCCAGGAGGGGGGAAAUCUAGAAAGAAAGCUCUCCCUGCCUUGACCUCUCAGAUCUUCCCACGGGAAAGCCACCUGAGAGUCACCAGCCUGUGAAGCUGGUGAGCAGAAGCAAGGGGUGGGAGCGCCUCCCUCCCCCACGCAGAAAGGCCAUCUCCUGCCUCAGCUUCCCCAGGAGCCCCUUCACGUCCAGGUCUGAGUGAGAACCGGACAGAGCCCUCCAGUCUGGGUGGGCUUCGUCCUCGCUGCGUGGUUAGGACAUAGCCGCUGUCCUUGUCUUCCAGCUGCUGGGGGAAGGACCUUGCACAGGGCCUUAAAAGGGGGUGACUCCCCUGCUGCCCUUCGCUGGGCCUUCAGAGCUCUCAUUUGUCAUGUGACCCUGCUCCCUGCCUGGCCAACCCGCCCUUAUGCCCAGGUCGCCCUCCCCCCUCGCCUCUGGCAGGAUUUCGUCCCCAGGGGCCAAGCAGCCCAACAGAGCUGGGCCAUUCGUGCAGCCCCGCUCCAGGCUGAGCUGCAACAGGUCAGGCAAAUAAAGUCAGAGUCGCUGAAGGA